AUGUUACUGAACUUCAACCAAAAGGUUACUAGAGACAAGAACUUGCUGCUUGACGAUGAGGUUACAAGUAGCGGUUUGAAGAAAAUUGGAACGCCUAAACAUCCACUGACACGCAUGGGAUACGGACAGUACAGACAAAUAUUGGAAAGUGAUGGUAAACGAGGAGCACCUCAUCACGACUCGGUAGCUCAAAAAACAGGAUCACCUGGCUGGUGCACCAUGAUAUCCAAUUGGGAACACCUAAAAUGGAUUGCUCUGAUGGUCUUUACCAAACCCUCAUUGUACCCCUCACGUAUCGUUCUAUACAACUUGCGUUGA